CACUUAUAACCCUAACUAAACUGCUGAAUUGUUGUUUAAAGUGGUCUUUAACAAACCAUUCACUCAAAUUGACAGGAACCAACUCACAUUCUUAAAUUUACCCCGCUUUUCUUUUGUUUCUAGAUAGAAACCUACAAGCAAUACUCGACACACUGAACACGUGAUAAUCACUUACAACUGUGGACAAUAUUUUGACAUUAUGGAGGAUUCUCAAGUUGUGGACUUAAACGUUGAUGGUCGACAUCUGACAACCUCCCUGUCCACCCUCACAAAGUACCCGGACUCCAUGUUGGCCGCCAUGUUUAGUGGAAGGCAUCCGGUAGCCAAGGACAAAGAUGGCCGCUGUUUCAUCGAUGUAGAUGGUGAUGUGUUUGUUCAUAUCCUCAACUUUCUGAGAUUCGGGAAAUGUGCCUCCACCCGAAAGAGCAUCAGAGGUUAAUGAAUAUGCGGAGUACUUUGGAUUACAGGAACUGAAGGCACCUGUCCCCGAAGACUUGAACAAGUGCUCUACGGAAUAUGGAAAAAGAAGCUACCUGACUACCAAAGUCAAUGGGAUUGUGUGAAAAGUAAAUUGAACGAUAUUCCACAAGUUACUUUCACAUUUGCGCAAUAAAGUCUGAUUGUCGA